AUGUCUAUUAUUUUAACUGAUGACAUCCCUGUGACUUCACCGGUUCGUAGACUUGCUCCCAUAGAAAAACAACAAGUUACAAAACAAAUCGAGGAAUGGCUUGCCCAGGGUAUCAUCGAAAAAAGCUAUUCUGAUUAUGCGUCUCCAAUUGUCUUAGUGAAACCUAGACCUCUAAGCGAUUUGCUUAGAAAUGGUGUAAAAUUUGAAUUCGGUCCCUCUCAAAUAAAAGCGUUUGAGACCCUUAAAAGAGCAUUAUCGCAAGAUCCAGUUUUACAUCUGUACAAACCAGGUUCCAAACUGGAACUCCAUACAGAUGCUUCCAAAUUAGGUUACGGUGGAAUCCUUCUUCAAGCUGACGACGAUGAUAAUUUACAUCCCAUAGCUUAUAUGAGUAAAAAAACAACACCUCAGGAAGAAAAUCUUUCGAGCUAUGAACUAGAAGUUUUAGCUGUUAUUAAAGCAUUAACGAAAUUCCGUACUUACAUUUUAGGAACUAAAAUUAAAAUUGUCACUGACUGCUCUGCGUUCAAACAGACUAUUACUAAAAAAGAAUUAAUUCCUAAAAUAGGGCGUUGGGUUUUAUUCCUCGAAGAUUUCGAUUAUGAGACAGUACAUCGCUCAGGUAGUCAAAUGCUUCACGUUGAUUCACUUAGUAGAUACCCAACAGUCAUGACUGCACUUUGUGAUGAUUCAACAGCGCGAGUGCAAGUGGCACAGAUGUCAGAUGAAUACAUAAAAAAAUUGAAAGAAUUAUGUAAAGAUAACAACCAAGUUGAUUUCGUGGUACAAAAUAACAUUCUGUAUAAAUGUCAGGACAACCGUCGUUUGCUCUUUGUUUGGUUAUAUCCUGUUAAAGGUGUAACUGCAAAUGAUGCAAUUACGAAACUGCAAUUGCAGGAAGCAGUGUUCAGAAAUCCUAUGCGCAUCAUCACGGAUAAAGGAAAUGGACAAGUGGAAAGGGUUCAUGGAACUCUUAUCCCCCUGCUUGCCAAACUUUCCAUCAAUGAUCCCACGAAAUGGUACACUCAUGUUCAAGCAGCACAACGUGUAUUUAACUCUACUGCUCCACGGAGUACAAAAUUUACUCCUUUCGAACUCAUGAUCGGUGUGCAAAUGAGGCAUAAAAAUGACCAGAAAAUUCUCGAUAUCCUACAGGAAAAAUAUGAGCAAAUGGUCAUCGACAACCGCGAGGAAAUUCGCGAAGAAGCGCGACAGAAUAUCUUGCGCCUUCAAGAAGAAAAUAAAAGAGCUUACAACAAGCGCAGGAAGAAAGCUACUCAAUAUAAUCCAGGUGACUUAGUGGCCAUACAGAGGACCCAAUUCGGCAGUGGUUUGAAGCUUCGCCCGAAGUUCCAUGGUCCCUAUCGCAUGACAGCGAAGAAGCCACACGAGAGGUACCUAGUGGAGAAAGUGGAAAUCCACGAAGGCCCCAACCAUACCUAUACAGCAGUAGAUUAUAUGAAGCCUUGGUCUACAACUGCAUAA